ACCAAACAUGGGGACAGACGGACUCAAAACUACAUUAGGGCUCAUCUACCUGACGCUGCUGGUCGGCGGCUCACUUUCUCAGACUGUAAACAUCAUUCCGUCUCUUCAGAGGCCGGAGCUGAUGACAGCAAGUGCAAAUCACAUCGGCCGAGUGUGCACCACAUGGGGAAGCUAUCACUGGAAGACCUUUGAUGGAAAUUUCUUCCAGCUUCCCUCCACCUGUAACCAUGUCACCACCUACCAGUGUGGGGAAAGCUACGAAAAUUUCAACAUCCAGAUGAGGCGCAAGGUGGUUGACGACGUCCCCACCAUCAGCAACAUCAUUAUGAUGUUUGACGGCUCUGUGGUGGAGCUGUCGCAGAAAUCAGUGGAAGUCAACGGACAGACGGUGACUCUGCCACACGUCUCAUUCGGGGUGACAGUCAUGGGGGACUCAAACAGUGUCAUGGUCGAAGCCAAGCUAGGAAUAACAGUCGUGUGGAACAAGGACGACUCGCUGGAUAUUGAAAUGAAUGGUCAAUACCAGAACCAGACAUGUGGACUCUGUGGAGAUUUUAACGGGAUAUCUAAUGAUCUGACGAAGGACGGAGUUCAGCUGUCUGUGGCCGACUAUGCUGACAUCUCCAAGUUGGACGGGCCGACAGAGAGCUGUGAGGAGCCUGAGAUCAACCAACAGCAGAACUGUGGCCAUAAAGCACUCUGUGAGCAGAUCUUCUCCAGCGCUCCAUUCAGUAGUUGCCAAAACCUUCUGGAUCUGGACGCC